AUGGCGCGCCAAAAUCCAUCUCGCCCCACGAGGGCUCGAGCUUCCCGUGAUAACCAAAAUAAGAGAGGCCAUCAGACAGAUGCUCGUAUCCCAAACGUCUAUCAAGAAAUGUUAGAGGAGGCCGAAGCUCGCGAUCCUGGACAAUUUGCUUCAGACCGGCCAACUAAGAGGCGCAAGGUUGGUGAUCUGAAGGCCAUUCCUGUGGAUUCGCAGCCGCCGAGCCAGCCACACCGAGACACAGAAGCGAGCAAUGAUGAAUCCCCGCAAAUCCAAACUGUUUAUGAUUCAUCUGCGUCUGAAGAAGAAUCAGAUAUUGAAUGGGAAGAUGUCGAUAUAGCGCAAGCCCAACCCUUCUUCCCUCAAGAUUCUUCUGCGCCCAAAGACGAUGAUGAUAUGCUCCAGAUCACGCUCGAACAAGAACCCGAGAAGCGACGAAAAGUCAUUCAAAAGAGAAAACCUUUGACUGGCGCAGAGAGGAAACUUCGAUUAGAUGUGCAUAAAUCUCACCUUCUUUGUCUCCUUGGGCAUGUUCAUUUGCGCAACUUGUGGUGUAAUGACAAUGAACUUCAGGAAUUUGUGAAAAAGAUACUACCCAAGAAAGUCAUCACUCUUUUGCACCCAGAUGAACACAAACCGCACUAUACCAGGUCUACCACAUUUGUGGACGGUCUGAACCAGGCUGGUGACGCCUUUGCGCGUAGAUUCCGGGUCACAAAGCCGGGAAUGAAAAGAGCUCACUGGGCCGAAGAUGAGACUCGUUUGAAGGAGAGCCUGGAAUCGGUCAUGUUGGGCGCAGAGGUGUUGGUAUCCAGAAAAGACUUUCGAGCACAGGCAAAAACAAUGCAGGGCUCUCGAGAUUUUGGGGCACAACUUUUCUGUGCCUUACUGCGUGCUGUGGCUGUAGAAGCAAGACUCGUAUGCUCAUUGCAACCGCUUCCAUUUUCUGGCACCGUCAAAAACAGAACGCCAUCUAAACCAAAGCCCCAAUACAUAGUAAUAUCUUCAGACGACCCUGGAUCCUCAACAGAUGAGCACCAGAAGUCCGAAACGUCGCCCACAGCCCCAAGGACUCGGCGGAUCGGGCAACCAAAGUUCGCUCCUUCGCGUCCUCCAAAGCCUCAAUCACACUCCGUCCCCUACCAAGCAGUCAAAGAAUCGCCUUUCCCAGUGUUUUGGGUGGAAGCGUUCAACGAAGCUACCAAAAAAUGGAUAACGAUUGAUCCCGUCGUGACCAAAUCCCUGGCGAAGCCCUCCAAAUUCGAGCCGCCUGCGAGUGACCCUCACAACCUGAUGAACUAUGUGGUUGGGUUCGAAGACGAUGCUUCCGUCCGAGAUGUCACCCGUCGUUAUGUGAAAGCAUACAACGCGAAGACUCGAAAGCUCCGAGUCGAAAACACACCACACGGGGAAGAGUGGUGGGACAAAGUUUUGAAGACAUAUGAAAAGCCUUUCUUCGAGGACCGCGACGAGGCAGAGAUCAGUGAACUGACCUCCAAAGCUGCGGCAGAGCCGAUGCCCCGCAGUAUACAAGACUUCAAAGAUCAUCCGGUCUAUGCACUUGAGCGACACGUCCGUCGUAACGAAGUCAUUCAUCCGAAAAGAGUUAUUGGGCAUGUUAGUUUGGGAAACUCCACUACAAGGAGUGAGAAAUCAGAGCCCGUCUACCGCCGUGCUGAUCUUCACGUUGUGCGAAGUUCUGAUAGGUGGUAUCGUAUGGGUCGAGAUGUGAAAGUCGGCGAGCAGCCUCUCAAGCGUGUCCCGGCGGUUCGGACUCAAGGCGGGGGAAUAAGCGAAGAUGAAGACGAUGAGCCUGCUGAAACCACCCUGUAUGCGGAAUCUCAGACCCAGGUAUAUGUGCCGCCUCCCGUGAUCAACGGCAGGAUUCCAAAGAAUGCAUACGGAAACCUGGAUAUCUAUGUUCCCAGCAUGGUUCCACCUGGUGGAGUUCACAUCAGGCGACCUGAGGCGGUAAAAGCUGCUCGAAUACUCGGGAUUGACUAUGCUGAUGCAGUCACUGGGUUUGACUUCAAGGGCCGUCGCGGCACAGCUGUACUUGGGGGCAUCGUUAUUGCACUUGAGUAUCAGGAAGCACUGGAGGAUGUGAUCGAGGGACUUGAAGAUGAGAGACGACUUGCUGCCCUUGAGGCUCGAUCUGCAGAGGCUCUCCAGUUGUGGCGAUUGUUCUUGGUGAAGCUCAGGAUUGCAGAAAGGGUCAAAGAAUAUGCUGGCGACGACGAGGAAAAGGAAAUUGAGGAGAUCGAAGAAGAAAUGGAGGUUGAAGACUCUGGUGGUGGUUUCUUUCCCGAAGCAGGCGAACAAACGAACAGCCCACCUCCAAGCUUCGUCGGCAAUGAUAGAUUGGCACAAAGUCAACAAUAUUUAGAAGACCACACACACAGUGAGCAGGUAUCAUCUGAUCAUGGCGAUGAUGCCGGGGGAGGAUUUUUCCCUGACGACGAUGACGGGGAUGACAAAUUGGCACAUGAACCAGUCAAAGCCCCCACGGAGCCACCGAGGCCUACACACUCUGUCAUAUCCCCAGCGAGAUAUCGUCAGAACUUCUCCAACCCAAGGACAACCAACAGUCAGCAGUACUCCCUCGUCGUUGUUCCGAACAACCCUACAAGCUCAGAGUCCCGAGACCGCCAGCUACCCUCGGAAACACAAGAAGAGAUACCAGGAUCAUCUCACAAUGAUCCGAUUGCAUUAGACUCAUCCACAAAUGCUGGGUCAAAGUCUGCUAGUGUAGUCACCAUUUCGGGGCCCCCGACCCCAUCAAAAGAUCAAACGCAUCCAUCAGCCCCGAACUAUGACUCCGACAGUGAAAUUGAGAAGGGAUCAUUACUUUCUGAAGAUCCAGAUGAUGAGGAUGCGAUUCCGGAAUGGCUCGUGUCCGAUGAAGAAUGA